CCAACCUUCUCUUUUUUUAGAAGCACAACUUCUGUUCGAAGCAAACCCACCACAAAUCAAAAAGAAACCAAGACACAAUUAUUUGUUUUCUUUUGAUGAGCUACCGAUUGUAAACCAUAAAAUAAAAGUUUCCCAUACUCACGAAUUUGGGAAACUCUGAGUCAAUCUCUGACCAGUUUUUAAUGGAGUUGAAGGGGGACCUUCAGGUUCUUAUAGAGAGAGCAUGGGCUUUGCAUCAUGAAAUCAAACUCACCACCGUCUGUGCAUUCUGCUGCUACACUUCAGACAAAUCAUUCCAAGAAAAUCAGAGCUUGAUUGCCAUUGGAGAUUCAUUAAAAGACGUAGGAGACGUGCUCAUUUUCUUACAGAGAUUAAGAUGCCGGCAAUUAAUAGACGGGCAGGCAGCACUGAGUCGCCUAGAAGAAAGCAGAGUAGUUCUGACAGAAAGAUUAAAAGAAUAUAAAGGAAGAUCAUCAAUUGAUAUAAUAAAAGAUCUAAAUUCAAGUUUCAGCCAUGGAAAUACAGUGUUUGACUGGAACUUGAGUGGCUCAAUAAUUAAGAAGAACGAUGCAAAUUAUAGUGAAAAGAAGAAGAGAAAAAAUGGGUUCAUGAUUAGGAUGUUAUUUGAUCCAUGGAAAUGGCGUAAUGCUUUUGUUGUGGCAGCAAAAUUGAUUGUUUUUUCAGUAGGAAUUUCAUCGACAGUUAGGCUCUGUGGUGCCAGUAGUUCAAGAGUUGAAGCAAGAAUAGAUCAUAUUAGUUUAUUGGAUGUUUAUAAUGGAAGAGGAUGACACUUAUUUUUACAUUCUUUAUUGAUUCCUCCUAAUAUUCUGUUCCAUUAUUUUAGAU